CGGGCAGGAUUCAGGGGCAGGUCCUGAGCUUGGGGUGGUACCAGUUUAUUACCUCCAAGCAGCACAGAGACUGCACUGGCCUCAGAGCUGCUGUCCUUCCAAGAUGUGGCUCUGUGCUCUGGUCUUGGCCGCUCUCUCUGCUUGCACGGCGUGGGCAGGGCACCCGUCCUCGCCACCCGUGGUGGACACCGUGUAUGGCAAAGUCCUGGGGAAGUACGUCAGCCUGGAGGGAUCUGCCCAGCCUGUGGCCGUUUUCCUGGGGGUCCCUUUUGCCAAGCCCCCUCUGGGAUCCCUGAGGUUUGCUCCACCGCAGCCUGCAGAGCCCUGGAGCUACGUGAAGAACACCACCUCCUACCCUACUAUGUGCUCCCAAGAUGCAGUGGCGGGGCAGGUGCUCUCCGAGCUCUUUACCAACAGAAAGGAGAACAUUCCCCUCACCUUCUCUGAAGACUGCCUUUACCUGAAUAUUUACACUCCCGCAGACCUGGCAGGGAGAGGCAGGCUGCCGGUGAUGGUGUGGAUCCACGGAGGUGGACUGGUGGUGGGCGGGGCAUCCACCUAUGAUGGACUGGCCCUCUCUGCCCAUGAGAACGUGGUGGUGGUGACCAUCCAGUACCGCCUGGGCAUCUGGGGGUUCUUCAGCACUGGGGAUGAGCACUGCCCGGGGAACUGGGGCCACCUGGACCAGGUGGCUGCUCUGCGCUGGGUUCAGGACAACAUCGCCAACUUUGGAGGGAACCCGGGCUCUGUGACCAUCUUUGGAGAGUCCGCAGGAGGAGAAAGCGUCUCUGUUCUUGUGUUGUCUCCCCUGGCCAAGAACCUCUUCCACAGGGCUAUUUCUGAGAGUGGCGUGGCCCUCACUGCUGCUUUGAUCAGGAAGGACAUCAAGCCGGUGACUGAGAAAAUUGCUAUUACUGCUGGGUGUAAAACCACCACGUCAGCAGUCAUGGUUCACUGCCUGCGCCAGAAGACAGAGGAAGAGCUCUUGGAGACCAAAAUGAAUAUGUUUAGCCUUGAUUUAUUUGGAGACCCCAGAGAGAGCUAUCCUUUCCUCCCCACCGUCAUUGACGGAAAGCUGCUGCCCAAGACACCGCAAGAGCUUUUGGCUGAUAAGAAUUUCAACAGGGUCCCCUACAUGGUGGGAAUCAACAAGCAAGAGUUCGGCUGGCUCAUUCCGAUGAUGAUGGGCUAUCCUCUCUCUGAAGGCAAGCUGGACCAGCAGACGGCCACGGCCCUCUUGUGGAAGUCCUACCCCCUUGUUAACCUCUCUGAGGAACUGAUUCCAGUGGCCAUUGAGAAGUAUUUAGGAGGGACAGACGACCCUGUCAGAAAGAAAGACCUGUUCCUGGAUCUGAUUGCUGACGUGGUAUUUGGUGUCCCAUCUGUGAUGAUAGCGCGUGGCCACAGAGAUGCUGGAGCCCCCACCUACAUGUAUGAAUUUCAGUAUCGCCCGAGCUUCGCAUCAGACGCGAGGCCCAAGACAGUGAUAGGAGACCAUGGGGAUGAGCUCUUCUCAGUAUUUGGGUCUCCAUUUUUAAAAGAGGGUGCCUCAGAAGCAGAGACCAACCUCAGCAAGAUGGUGAUGAAAUUCUGGGCCAACUUUGCUCGCAAUGGGAACCCCAAUGGAAAGGGACUGCCCCACUGGCCAGAGUACGACCAGAAGGAAGGGUACCUGCAGAUCGGAACCACCACCCAGGCAGCCGCGGGGCUGAAAGACAAGGAAGUGACUUUCUGGACUGAGCUCAGGGCCAAGGAGACAUCAAAGAAACCUCCCACUAGAGAGCAUGUGGAGCUGUGAAUGGGUGGCUGAGUCAACCUCAGGAGACUGGCGUCACCAGGCAGUGCAUUCCACCAAAACCAUCCAGAAAGGCAUCUUCUGGGCAGCUGGAGAAUUGUGCAGGGGAGUGGGCAGAGGCCAGGGAGCAGGGAUGUUGGUACCUGUGGCUUCGUUAUGGAGAAUAAAUAUUCUUUUGGAGGCCAAAACCA